CAUAAUGACUCUUAAACUCCUCCUUCUGCAACUUUAUCGGAAAUACCGCUAUUUUUGCGUUAUUUAAAAAAAAAAUCUCCAACCCGAGAUCACAACAUGUGGGCCAUUGGACGGGUAUGUAUCGUUUUGGCUGCAGCGACAGCAAUCUGUUCGGGGAGGAAAUUCACUUACCAAAAUGUGGUGUACAAAGACAAGAACGAGUUUAUCGCGGCGAUCGCAAUGAGCCAGGGCGCCAAUGUGACAACGACAGGAAACGUGACCGGGACCUUUUUCUUUUGCACAACAUUAUCCGACUCUGCUACAUGUCCUAAUUCUUUGGUUCAAUUCUAUCUCUACACCUCAGUCGACAGAGAGCGCGCAUUGAUCGACACAACAGACGCGAAUUGGUUCUCCAAAAACAAUUUUGACAUAACAAAGAAGACGGUUUUGUUGAUCCAUGGGUUUGCAACUAGUGACCAGAUUGGAAGUACACCGAUUCUUAAAGCAGCAUACCUGAAAACCGGCGAGUACAACGUGAUCAGCGCGGAUUUUGAGAUAUUAAUGCAAUACCCAUGCUAUUCGGAGGCGAUUUACAACUUGAAAGUUUUGGGCAAAUGCACUGCCCACAUGCUCGCUUUUCUGGAGCGCUCCACUGGGGUCAAGUAUGUGGACGUCACUUGUGUUGGGCACAGUUUAGGGGCGCACGUUUGCGGCAUCACAACAAAUUAUUUGGCCACAAAGCUCAAAAAAAUUAUUGGACUUGACCCUGCUAGGCCAUUUGUACAGGGUAGGAUAGCGUCUCUGCGUCUGGACGCUUCGGACGCAACUCAAGUGCAAGUUAUUCACACAAACGCUGGAUUCUACGGGUUCUCUGGAUUUCAAGGCACGGUUGACUUUUGUCCCAACGGAGGAUAUUUACAAACGACCUGCAGAUACUCUUAUGAUCGGAACGCCUGCAGCCAUUCUCAGAGCGUUUGCAUUAUGGCCGAGAGUCUGUUUGUGAGCAAAAGAAGAACCGCCAUCCCUUGCGAAAAAACGUGCCCCUAUACCCGUUUGAGGGUCGUUUCAGGAUCGAAUGCAACCGUGGGCAUUUCCGUGUCGAGCACAGCUUCAGGAAUGUACUGCCUUAAUGUACCGACGGCACCCUAUUGCAAUUCCGCAGACCCUAAUUAUGGAGACUCCAGAUGUUGUGGAUAAAAAAAAUCAAUCGUUUUAUAUAAACAAAAUUAUUUAUUUAAAAGCUUUUGACACAGGAAUUUGAAAUAAAUCUUAGACAUAAAAUUAUAUUUUUAAAA